AUGUCCCCCCCGGCCUCGGCGGCCGCGGCCGGCGACACAGGCAGCAGCACGUCGGUGCCUCCGGAGGAGGCGGAGGGGGGCCGAGAGGAGCAGCAACGGCCGGUGAAGCAGUCCCUCAGUAAGUCCCUCUGCAGAGAAUCCCACUGGAAAUGUCUGCUCCUCUCCCUUCUCAUGUACGGCUGCAUGGGAGCUAUGACCUGGUGCCAUGUGACCAAGGUCACCCGGUUGACCUUUGACAGUGCCUACAAGGGCAAGUCCAUGAUGUAUCAUGAUAGCCCCUGCUCCAAUGGCUAUGUUUACAUCCCCCUGGCCUUCCUGGUGAUGCUCUACGUGGUCUACCUGGUGGAGUGCUGGCACUGCUACACCCGCAACGAGCUGCAGUACAAGGUGGACGUGGAGAGCGUGCAUGAGCGGGUGCAGAGAAUGCAGCAGGCCACCCCGUGUAUCUGGUGGAAAGCCAUCAGCUACCACUAUGUCCGGAGGACCCGGCAGGUCACCCGCUACCGCAAUGGGGACGCCUACACCACGACCCAGGUGUAUCACGAGAGGGUCAACACUCAUGUGGCGGAGGCCGAGUUUGACUACUCCAACUGUGGGGUGAAGGACAUCUCCAAGGACCUGAUGGACCUGGAGAGCUACCCAGCCACUCGGCUCCGCUUCACCAAAUGCUUCAGCUUUGCCAACGUGGAGUCCGAGAACUCCUACCUGACCCAGCGCGCCCGUUUCUUCACCGAGAAUGAGGGGCUGGAUGACUACAUGGAGGCCAGGGAGGGGAUGCACCUCAAGAAUGUGGAUUUCAAGGAAUACAUGGUGGCCUUUUCAGACCCAGAUAACCUUCCGUGGUACGUGUCCCACUACGUCUUCUGGGUGGCUGCCCUGGUGACCCUGUCCUGGCCCCUGCGGGUGCUGAAUGAGUACCGCACCUCCUACGUCCAUUACCACGUGGAGAAGCUCUUUGGGUUUGACUUUGUGGCUGUAACACCAGCUGAGGAGCGCUCCUUCUGCAGGAGGAUGCCCCGUGUCAACACGGUGGACAGCACUGAGCUGGAGUGGCACAUCCGGUCCAACCAGCAGCUAGUGCCCAGCUACUCAGAGGCUGUCCUGAUGGACUUGGUGGGGCUCUCCAGCUGCACCAGCUACUCCGCUUGCAGGUACGGGGGCUACCGGCAGAACUGCGAGCGGUGCCACAGGACUAUAAGCAGCUCAUCCAUCUUCUCCCGCAGCGCCCUGAGCAUCUGCAACGGCAGCCCCAGGAUCCCCUUCAGCAGCAGCCGCUUCUCGCUGGGCCGCCUCUACGGCUCCCGGCGCAGCUGCCUCUGGCAGAGUCGGAGUGGGAGCCUGAACGAGCAGAGCUGCCCAACUGAGCAAACCCGGCUCUCCAGCCAGGUCACAGUGGAGGAGGAGGACCCUCCUGCUUACCAGGAUGCCCUCUACUUCCCUGUCCUUAUUGUGCACCGUAACGAGGGCUGCCUCAACCACGACCACCGUCACCUCCAUCGGAACGGGUCCUGCAUGGAGACCUCACUGUGAGUGAAGGGCGGCGAGGAUCUCCCUCUUGAUCACCGUGUCUCCAGACACAGGGACUUGGGAAGGGAGGGGAUAGCCAGGAAAAUGAGGCACCAGUGCCGCGCUCAGCAUGUGGGAUAGAGAGGUCACUGCCUCUUGGUCUCCAAGGAUAGGCUCAACAGCUGCUGCAUUUGCCCCAUGGCCCCUUUGAUGUCACAGAGGAGAGGGUGGCAGCAGGAUGGGCGAGCAGCAGCGCCACCUGUGGCAUGGCACAAAAUGACAGACUGACGGCCACAUGUAGAAAAUGGUAGAAAAAAAAGGACUGAAGGAGGGAGCUGGGUGCUGUAGUUCCACGCUCUGCCUUGAAAGGCCCCCGCUGGCUGGAAUAGUGCUAAAUGACAACUACUGCCCACCACCCUGCUGCACCCGUGACCUCUGCCCCUCUCCCCCAGCGCUGCAGACUUACUCUCCCGCAGAGGGGUCCUGCAUGGGGCCAAGAGGAGCAAGGCCUGGCAGCACAUUCUCUUUGAAGCAGUGAUUAACUCCUCAUGCGCCAAAGAUCCUGGGGCACUCGGGCCCAUAGAGCUGAAGGGCAGUUUAGAGGAAGUGCUCAAGACCACAAGGCCAACUCUUUCGCCCUUUUGUUGAGACUGUGCUCCGACUGUUACACUGUCCUCAGCUGCUGGGAGGGGCAUUGCCACCAGAUGGCUCUUUAGAAAGCCUCAGCACUCCAGGGCCAAGAAUCAGCAUCCCCUAGGUAAAGCUUAAAGCAUUCCAAUGACUUUUUUCCAUUUGGAGUUGCAAAGAGCAGGAAGCAACAGGGAAUCUACUGAGGAAAGGCCAGACCUGGCAUUAGAGCACAGUCACAGCAUGAAGCCAGUAGGUCUGGCAGGAGAAGGCCCAGCCUGCAAAGCAAACCACGGAGACCUGGGUGUGCUGGGAGUUUUCGGGAAGCCAAAGACACCUGAUGGGGAAGGGGUGAGUUGGGCAGCUGGGGACCCCCAGGGCUUGAAGUGAGCGAGGUCUAGUCAUAAUUAAUUCAGCCAAGCAAGGAAUCUGGCAUCCAGGGAGGUUCUGUUAGGUUCAACUGCAGUUCACCUAUGAAUAAUAGAAGAGCAGGUUGGCGGGUCUUGGGAAGAGUAAAUAUUACAUGAAGUCAAGCUGGCUCCAGACUCCAGUCACUAAUAAGAAGGGAAGCUGGGUUUGGCAUAGAGCUCUGAGGGCAAGGAGAGGCUGGAGAUGGGAGAAGGGUGGUGAUGUAGAGAGGCCCAGAGUUUCUGCUGUCCAUGCUGGUGAAGAGAAGGGCUGCUAACAAUCUGAAACAAUGCAACCCCUCUGGCCCAUGUGGUUACAAAGAGGGCUCCUCUCAGCAUGAUCCUCAGCUCCUGGGCCCCACGCUCCUCUCUGAAGGGUUUCCACUGGCUCCCCAGGGGACUACCAUAUACAGUCUGCCCAACAACCUCUUUAGGGUGCCUCUCUCAUAGCACAGACCAAUGGGCAGAAUCCUCUGGCUGGCUGAAAAGUGAACAGAAACAAUCCUAUUGAAAAUACUCUGCAAAGGCCGUGCUCCCAGGUUCCGUACAGAGUCUGUGAGCAUGUUUACUGGAGGUAAAAGAACCCACCAAGCCCUGAGGGCAGGAGCCAGUUCCCUGGGAGGAGCUAAACACCAGCAGUGGUGGCAUGAAUGCGGCUCCCUGCCCUGCUCUGGGCAGAAACAGGGCCUUCAACUCAGGUGUCUGCAGCAGGUAAAACUACAUUUCACCUUUCAGGUCUCAGUCCUGCAAUGGGAUCCAUCUGAAUGGCCCCCUGCAUCAACAUAGAGCCCCAUUGGUCAGUGAAGGUCCACCUGUGCAAUCCAAUAGCAGUAUCAGAGCCUAAAUGGGUCAUUUUCUUUAAACUUCUCCCUGAAACUAGUGCAUGUGGGUGAGAACUCCUGCUGGAUUGGGCUUGUGGAUGUGGCCAUUCAGGAGCCAAUCCUAUGUACUAAAGCUCCUGCAAAUGAUCCUUAUAGACAUGAGCAGUCACUUGAAGUCAAUGGCUCUACUCACCACGGGUCAGAGUGGCAGGAUCAUGUCCUCAGAGAGCAGCAGUGACCACACAAGGCAUUUCUUUUACACUAAAAUGCAGAGGGUGGUUAGAAAUGAGGGGAUCAUUUUGAAACGUGCUCAAGAAAACCCCUGAUGGCCCAUUACCUGGCUGCAGUGAGUUGCCUUUGUCCCACGGUCAUGUCACACUGGGGUCUGAACGUAACCAUUUUUGUAACCCUGGAAUGGACUCAUCACGGUUGCCCCCCUUUCACCACUUCAUAUGCACAUACCUAGAGGAAUCAGCGUCUCAGCACGCUCCCUGUCCUGCAAACCCUUACUCAUGUGAGGAGUCCUUACUGGAAGCAAUGAGGCUACUCGCAUGAGGAAGGAUUUGCAGUAUUGGGCCCAUAACUACUUGGUGGGAGGAGGGAAAAAGGAAGUUAUCAAGGCUGAACUGUAUUUUUUGUAGAGAUCUUUCAAAGUCUGUGCUAGGGUGUGAGAAAAGGGUACUGAGAUAAUGCCUCUUAGGCCCACAAGCUCCGGGCUGGCUCUGUUUGUGUUGCCUUCUCCAUUAGCACAUCACCGCACCUCUUGAACUCAUUAUAGACUCACCAGUUUUCCUAAGGCCCCUUUUCCAUCCAGCCAGCUGGUCUGUGCCUGUUGAAUGGCCAAGUUCUGGCCUUGGCCAGUGAUCACCCCAGUCCCCGCUGUCUGUCAGCAUUUCCAUCACCCACCCUGGCAGAGAACUGCAUGGAGCAAUUCCCACCACUAGUCAGCAGCAAGCUUUGAAUCCAGGCAGCAGCAUAGUUCUCCACUGCUUGAGCUAAAGGACCAACUCCAGUAGCUGGCAGCAGCAGCAGGCAGGAAAUGUCUAUCCCCCUGCAGGUCUGCUGCAGAAAGGGGACAAGUAACACACUGAAUCAAGUGUUACAUUGCAUUGGGUUCAGCCAGACCUCCCCUGGUCCAUUUCUGCAUGUAAUGUGCUGUACUGUUUCACUGACUAGAUCUCAGUGCCUGACCACUUCCUGCAUCCCCCACCCCUGUCCUCAGUAAUGCUGUUGUGUUGGUCACUUUCCAGAAUCUGACCUGCCUUUAGGGAAUUUCUCUAAUAAGAAUUAAUACUUCACUAACUUCUCCCCUCAUUUCCAAGAUAAAGAUCUUUCCUCAUAUUACUAACAGGCCCUGAGACUGUUGGAUCUGAAAGAAUUUUAAACAUCUCAUUAACUUUCCCCCAUCCCUGAUGAAGUUUAUUCUCUGUUCUGCUAUUAUGCAAUGAAAUUAGGCUGGUCAGUUUCACGCUGAGGUUUCUAGUCAGUUUCACUUGUUCUCAGGUACUAAAACAAAGACUGUUUGAACUGAAACUUUUUAAAGCCUCAUAGUUCCAUUCAGAGUUUGUCUUGUCAAACUCCCCUCCUCCCACUACAGAACCUCCUGAUGGGCCAGCCUAUACUCCAUGCUGCUCCCAAGGCCCGCCGGAGAUAUCAGCUGGCGGCUCCUUCAUGGGGCUGGUAGCACGGGUGUGUAUUUGGUGUGGUUCACCCCUGUCCUGGACACCUGCCCCUUCUGCGGCGUGAGGGAGACCCUGGUGCACAUUUACUUGGAAUGU